AUGCCCUGGGCUGUGCUCUUCGGCCUCCUGGCCGCGCUGCUGCUGCUGCUGCUGCUGACCCGCCGGCGCACGCGGCGACCUGGUGAGCCACCCCUGGACCUGGGCAGUAUCCCCUGGUUGGGCCAUGCCUUGGAGUUUGGAAAAGAUGCUGCCAGCUUCCUCACUAGGAUGAAGGAGAAGCAUGGUGACAUCUUUACGGUGCUGGUGGGGGGCAGGUACGUCACUGUCCUCCUGGACCCACACUCCUACGACACGGUGGUGUGGGAGUCUCGCACCAAGCUGGACUUCCACGCCUAUGCCGUCUUCCUCAUGGAGAGGAUAUUUGAUGUGCAGCUUCCGCAUUACAACCCCAGUGAUGAAAAGGCCAAGAUGAAACCCUGGCAGCACGGGGUGCUCACCACCUGUCUCUGGGUGAACUUGGUCGUGUUUGGGAGUCCUUGCUCCUCAUCCUUCAGGUUUCUGCUUCGAUCUGGCUACCUGACCCUGUACGGAGUUGAGGCACUGCCACGCACCCAUCAGAGCCAGGCCCAGGACUGCAUCCACUCGGCCGACGUCUUCCACACCUUCCGCCAGCUCGACCUGCUGCUCCCCAAACUGGCACGCGGCUCCCUGUCAGUGGGGGAUAAGGACCGUGUGAGCAAGGCCAAAGGUCGCUUGUGGAAGCUGCUGUCCCCUACCAGACUGGCCUCCCGGGCCCACCGGAGCACCUGGCUGGAAAAUUACCUGUUGCACCUGGAGGAGAUGGGGGUGUCAGAGGAGAUGCGGGCACGGGCCCUGGUGCUGCAGCUCUGGGCCACACAGGGGAAUAUGGGCCCCGCCACCUUCUGGCUCCUGCUCUUCCUCCUGAAGCAUCCCGAGGCCAUGGCCGCCGUCCGUGAGCAGCUGGAGCACACGCUGCAGAGAGUGGAACAGCCUGUCUCACAGAUGACCACCCUCUCACAGAAGGUUUUAGACAGCAUGCCUGUGCUUGACAGUGUGCUGAAUGAGAGCCUCCGACUCACAGCUGCACCCUUCAUCACACGUGAGGUCAUGGUGGACCUGGCCAUGCCCAUGGCAGAUGGGCGGGAAUUCUCCCUGCGACGUGGUGACCGCCUCCUCCUCUUCCCUUUCCUGAGUCCCCAGAAGGACCCAGACAUCUACACAGACCCAGAGGAAUUUAAAUAUGACCGAUUCCUGAACCCUGACGGAUCAGAGAAGAAAGACUUUUACAAGGAUGGGAAACGACUGAAGAAUUACAACAUGCCCUGGGGCGCCGGGCACAAUCAGUGUCUCGGGAGGAGUUACGCCAUCAACAGCAUCAAACAAUUUGUGUUCCUGGUGCUGGUACACUUUGACCUGGAGCUGACCAACCCGGAUGGGGAGAUCCCUGAGUUUGACCUCAGCAGAUACGGCUUCGGUCUGAUGCAACCAGAACAUGACAUGCCCAUUCGGUACCGCAUUCGGCCAUGA